AUUUGAACGUAAAACAUGGAUAAAUUAACGUGAAGAUACAAGAACGGUUCAUUGUUUGACCGGUCCCGUGAGGCUACCUGUCACGAGGGAAUUCGCCAUGUUGCCACGUUUACUGAGCACUUCCAGGUGUUCGAUUCUCCCGUGCUUUUCCCCUGCAUGCCGCUGCCGUUUCGGUUGCACUCUGAAUCGCCACGCGACCCCUUCGCCUUUUUACUCUCCCACAGCCGCGGUAUCCGCACCAAAAUCCAUACGGGCAAAUCAACAAACGGUGGAAGGGUAACUCACGUUCUUUUGCCAAAGAUGGGUUUGAGAGUGUUAGCGGUGUUGCUCUUCCUCUUGACCUUCUCCGACGGCGCAUUGCACGGUUCCGACGAUCCGGAGAUAGUCCAGGUGACUCAGAGUCGGCGGCUGGGGAGCACCGAGCGGCGGUUCCGGGCGUUCCUGCGGACGUUUGGGAAGGAGUACCGCACCCGCGAGGAGUACGCGCGCCGGCUGGGGGUGUUCGCUCGGAACCUCGCUCGAGCCGCGGAGCACCAGGCGCUGGACCCCACCGCGGUGCACGGGGUCACCCCCUUCUCCGACCUCACCGAGGAGGAGUUUGAGACGGCCUUCACGGGGCUGUCGGCCCAGGAUAAGGCCGGCUGGCCGGGGCGUGGCGCGGAGUUCCCCACCGCGGCCGCCAUGGAGGUCGGUGGUCUCCCCUCGAGCUUUGAUUGGCGAAACAAGGGCGCCGUCACGGACGUCAAGAUGCAGGGCGUCUGUGGAUCUUGCUGGGCAUUCAGCACGACGGGAACGGUGGAGGGAGCAAACUAUGUUGCCACAGGGAAGCUCGUCAGCCUCAGCGAGCAGCAGCUCAUCGACUGCGAUCACACGUGCGAUGCCGUGGAGAAAGACGAGUGCAACAACGGGUGCAGCGGCGGACUAAUGACGAACGCCUACAACUACCUGAUGCAAUCAGGCGGCUUGGAGGAGGAGAAAUCUUACCCUUACACCGGAAAGCAAGGCGAGUGCAAGUUCGACAAGAACAAGAUCGCCGUCAGCGUGACCAACUUCACCGUCAUCCCUCUCGACGAAGAGCAGAUCAUUGCCAACCUUGUCCACCGCGGUCCUCUUGCAGUGGGAUUGAACGCGGCAUUCAUGCAGACGUACGUUCGAGGGGUGUCCUGCCCACUGAUCUGCCCCAGGAGGUGGAUAAACCAUGGGGUGCUACUGGUUGGUUAUGGAGCCAGAGGCUACUCCAUUCUGAGGCUUGGCUACAGGCCCUACUGGAUCAUAAAGAACUCCUGGGGAAAGCAGUGGGGAGAACAAGGUUAUUACCGGCUCUGCAGGGGUCAUAACAUCUGUGGGAUCGACAGCAUGGUCUCUGCUGUAGCAGCAGCAUCAUAACUCGAUGAAUUGCAGUAAUGGAUAAGCUAUAGGUGCAUUUGAAUCCUAGUUGUUGCACUUCUUCUUGGUGUGGAAGUCAGUCAUGCUUCUUGCUUUGUUUUCAGGUCAAGUCAUACUCAUGUACUAUAAUCACAUUAUCAAUCCAGAUUCUCUAU